AUGGGGGGAGAAAAAGGUUAUGUUACACCGUGUAUAACAGACUGGAAUACAUUCAUUGAUCAAAAUGAUCAAAUGACAAUAGAAUUAACAGAACUCGAUACAGCUUUACGUGCUGUACCCUAUCGUGUUCAAAAUGAUGGAAAAAUGUCAGAUGGAAUUGUAAAAACUAUUAAAAAUGAUAUUGAUUUACUAAAAACAAAACUUGAUGCAUUAUCUCGUUUUGCAACAGAUCUAUCUCAACGUACUCAAGAAACAUGA